AUGUUCUCCAAGACAGCCCGCGCUGUUUCUUCUCGCGCCCUCGCAUCGCCGCUGUGGUCGACUGCAAUUCCGGUCACCCGUCCGCUUUCCUGCCAGUUGGCCUGGCCGCAAACCAGGCAGUAUCACGAGAAGGUUCUUGACCACUACUCGCGCCCUCGGAAUGUUGGCUCGCUCGAUAAGACAGAUAAGUCUGUGGGUGAAGGUCUGGUGGGAGCUCCGGCUUGUGGCGAUGUGAUGCGGCUUCAUAUCAAGGUCGAUCCCGAGACCAAAGUCAUUAGCGACGUUAGAUUCAAGACAUUCGGCUGUGGUUCUGCCAUUGCUUCAUCCAGCUAUCUAACUGAGCUUGUCCGCGGUAUGACCCUCGAGCAAGCCGCUCAGGUCAAGAAUACACAAAUUGCUAAGGAGCUUUGCCUGCCCCCCGUCAAGCUGCACUGCAGCAUGCUUGCGGAGGAUGCCAUCAAGUCAGCCAUCAACAACUAUUACAAGAAAAACCCUGAGGCCCGGCCGACCAACCUCGCUGGUCGCGGCAACAAUAAGCUUGAGACAGCUUCGCAGUCUACGCAAUAA